AUGACACACAAAAGUUGGGUUUUACGUGCCAACUGGAAACGCAAGCCUAUCGGAACAGUUGUUCAGACUUGGUCUGAUCGACAUGAAACUCAACAUAAUACAUACGAGGUUACAAGACCUCUCCUAUAUCCACUGCACGGAGGGUUGUCUUUUCUCAUUGGACCCGCUCCAAAGAGCAUUAUACUGUGA